CGACUCUCAGCAUCUUUCUUGGAACAGCUCUUCCCUUCGUCUCAGGUUGUCGCAAUGAAGUUCAUCACUGUCUCCGCCGUCACGGCUCUUGCCUCGACUUCUGGUGCCUUUGCGCGCACUUUCACGGUCUAUAACGCUUGCCCAUUCACCAUCUGGCCCGCUUUGUUCACCGACUUGACUGCCGGCACAGCCGUGCCAUCUCAGGCAACCGGAUGGCAAGCAGAUUCAUACACCGCGGUAUCCUUCUCUGUCCCCGACAACUGGCGGGCUGGCCGCAUCUGGGGUCGUCGCGACUGCGACUUCAGCACCAAUCCUGGUCCCAACUCAUGCCUCGAUGGUGGUUGCAAUGGCGGUCUUCUCUGUGAUCCUCACACUGGUACCGGUGUCCCUCCGGCCACAGUCGCCGAAUUUACACUGAGCAACGUUGCCGGUGUUCCGGACAACUACGAUGUUUCCCUCGUUGAUGGUUACAAUCUGCCCAUGCGUAUUGACAACAACAAAGGAUGCGGCGUUGGCUCAUGUCCGGUUGAUCUUGGUCCCAACUGCCCCUCGGACAUUCAAGGUCCCUGGGACAGCUCUGGUUUCCCUGUUGGCUGCAGGAGCGCUUGCCAGGCUGGUCUCUCUCCAGACCCCGCCAACUCUCCCUACUGCUGCACUGGGAGCCACGACACUGCUGCGACGUGCCCUCCUUCUGGUGUCCUCCACUACGACUACUUCAAGGGCAACUGCCCCGACGCUUACGCUUAUGCUUACGACGAGUCUUCCGGAACUGCUCUCUGGACCUGUGACUCUGCCCUCUUGGCUGACUACACUAUCACCUUCUGCCCUUGAAAGAGUUAUAUUUCGGCUCAAUAUAAAGUUUGGGAUUUAGUAUGGCCGUAGGGGUAAGAGAACAGAGUGGAAAACGAAUUGUGACGAUAUUUAAAGGUAUACUUAUAUGUACUGCGUCUCACUGGGUUUUAUCUGGUCUGUACGUGUUAUAUGGGUUUCUUGGGCUUUUGAUGUGCUAUAAAAACCGACGAUUUCACCUACUCAGUCUGCCAGAGUCUGCCAAUAACAUUUUCUCGUAUCUCG